GCAGCUCCAUAACGCUUUGCCGAAUUUGAAGCAGUUCAUAAAUGUGAUUGUGAAACAUAGCAAUUACCGUUCGAUUAGACACUAUGGAUCCCAAUCGGAUAAUUCAAGCACUGAAAGGGACGAUAGAUCCCAACCUCCGGAUAGCGGCUGAAAACGAACUCAAUCAGUCGUACAAGAUCAUCAACUUCGCCCCCACUCUGCUCCAGAUCAUUGUGUCCGAACAGGUGGAGUUCCCUGUUCGCCAAGCAGCGGCCAUCUACCUAAAGAACAUGGUGAGCCAGUACUGGCAGGACCGCGAGCCCUCUCUAGGGGAGGUGGUGUUCCCCUUCAACAUCCACGAGAACGACCGCACGCAGAUCAGAGACCACAUCGUGGAGGGCAUUAUCCAGUGUCCCGAGUCCAUCCGGGCCCAGUUGACAGUGUGUUUGCGAACCAUCAUAAAGCACGACUUCCCCGGGCGCUGGACGGCCAUAGUGGAUAAGAUCGGCCUGUAUCUGCAGUCUCAGAACAGUGGCAGCUGGUACGGCAGCCUGCUGGCCCUCUACCAGCUGGUCAAGACCUACGAGUAUAAGAAGGCGGAGGAGAGGGACCCGUUGCUAGCAGCCAUGCAGAUCUUCCUGCCCCGUAUACAGCAGCUCGUCACCCAGCUACUGCCUGACGGCACCAUCUUCUCUGUCCUCAUACAGAAACAGAUCCUCAAGAUCUUCCACGCACUCGUACAGUACUCCCUGCCUCUCCAGCUGAUUAAUAACACAGUCAUUACCCAUUGGAUGGAGAUCCUCAGAGCUGUUAUGGACAGAGAUGUCCCCCCAGAGACGUUGGAGGUGGAUGAGGACGACCGUCCUGACUUGGUGUGGUGGAAGAGUAAGAAGUGGGCCCUACACAUCAUCACCAGACUGUUCGAGAGGUACGGAAGCCCAGGCAACGUGACAAAGGAGUACUUUGAGUUUGCAGACUUUUUCUUGAAGACGUACGCUGUAGGGAUCCAACAGGUCCUGUUGAAGGUGCUGGACCAACACCGACAGAAGCAGUAUGUCACGCCUCACGUCCUCCAGAAGUCUCUUAACUACCUGAACCAGGGCCUGUCUCACUCCCUCACCUGGAAACACAUGAAGCCGCACAUGCAGACCAUCAGCCAGGAGGUGAUCUUCCCUCUAAUGUGUUACAAAGACGAGGAUGAGAAACUGUGGCAGGAGGAUCCAUACGAGUACAUCCGCAUGAAGUUCAAUGUGUAUGAUGACCAUGCCCUCCCUGCCACCGCCGCCCAGAGCCUCCUGUGUAAAGCAGCCCGCAAGAGAAAGGAGGUUCUUCCCCAGAUGAUGGAGUUCUGCCACCAGAUCAUGAUGGAGCCCUCUGCUGACCCCCGCAGGAAGGAUGGGGCGCUGCACGUCAUCGGCUCACUGGCCGAACUCCUACUGAAGAAGAGGAUGUACAGGGAGCAGAUGGAGCUGAUGUUACAGAACUAUGUGUUCCCUCUACUCAACUCCCCUCUGGGAUACCUCCGGGCUAGGUCGUGCUGGGUGUUGCAUUCGUUCAGCCCGCUGCGUUUCCAUAACGAGUUGGUCCUGAGGAAUGCGGUGGAGCUGGUUAAACAGGGCCUCAUAGCAGACAAGGAGAUGCCCGUCAAGGUGGAGGCUGCUAUCGCCUUGCAGACACUGGUCAGCAACCAGGAGCAAGCUAAGGUCUACAUCAGGCCCUACAUCCAACCUGUCAUGCAGGAGCUGCUCCACGUCAUCAAGGAGACGGAGAACGAUGACCUCACUAACGUCAUUCAGAAGAUGAUCUGCGAGUACAACCAGGAAGUGGCUGUCAUUGCCGUCGACAUGACCCAGAACCUGGCUGAGAUCUUCACCAAGGUGCUCCAGAGUGAAGAGUAUGAGGAGAGUGAAGACAAGACGGUGAUGGCUCUGGGGAUCCUCAGCACCAUAGACACCAUACUCACUGUUAUGGAGGACCACAAGGAGAUCACUCAGCAGUUGGAGGGCAUCUGUUUACAGGUGAUAGGCCUGGUGCUGCAGAAGCCCAUCAUAGGUAUGGCAGAGUUCUACGAGGAGAUUCUGUCCCUGGCGUUUGGGCUGACCUGCCAGACUAUCUCCCCUCAGAUGUGGCAGCUACUGGUGGUGCUCUACGGGGUCUUCCAGCACGACUGCUUUGACUACUUCACGGAUAUGAUGCCUCUUUUGCACAACUACGUUACCGUGGAUACAGACACGCUCCUGUCCAACCCCAAAUACUUAGAGGUCAUAUACACCAUGUGCAAAAAGGUGCUGACCAGUGAUGCAGGUGAGGACGCAGAGUGUCACGCUGCUAAGCUGCUGGAGGUCAUCGUCCUCCAGUGUCGGGGGAGGGGCAUCGACCAGUGUAUCCCGUUGUUCGUGGAGGCUGUGUUGGAGCGACUAACCAGAGGUGUGAAGUCCAGUGAGCUGAGGACCAUGUGUUUGCAGGUGGCCAUCGCUGCUCUCUACUACAACCCAGCCCUGCUCAUCCACACGCUGGACAACAUGCACUUCCCCCACACCCCACAGCCCAUCACCGCUCACUUCAUCAACCAGUGGAUGAAUGAUACGGAGUUCUUCCUGGGGCUCCAUGACCGUAAGAUGUGUAUCAUCGGACUGAGUGUUCUGAUGGAGCUACCCUCCAGGCCAGUGGUGGUAGAAGGGGUAGCGGCUCAGAUCGUCCCCAGCGUCCUGCUCCUGUUCCUGGGGCUCAAACACCUCUACUCCUCCCGCCUCCUCAACAAGCCAGACCUACUGGCCUGCACUGGGGUACCUGAGGAGGACCAGAACGAGGAGAUCCCCAGUGAUGAGGAUGAGGUGAAUGCAAACUGUAACGCCAUGAUGCAACAGCAGACCUGCACACGCGUAGGCCACGAGGACGAGGAGGAGGAUGAUGAAGACUACUGGGAUGAAGAAGGGCUGGAGGGGACACCCCUGGAGGAGUACAACACGCCCCUGGACUAUGACAAUGGAGAGGACGAGUACCAGUUCUUCACCGCUGCCCUACUCAGGGUCCAGAACACUGACCAGCCUUGGUACCAGUCUCUAACCACGCCCCUCAGUGAUGACCAGAAGAAACAGCUGCAGGAGAUCUACAGCCUGUCCCAGCAGAGGAGGAGCACCGCCGCCAAGGGCCAAUGAGCUGUAAGGGACAUGGCUGGAGGCCUGGAUGGAAGGAGGAGUAGCAGCAGAGUUCUGGCCUGAUCUGAAGUGGAUUUAAAACACACUGAACUGUUUCAGUCCAGAUCAGACCAGAUUUAACUAGACUUUACUGAUCCCACCAAGACCGGGCCAUCUAGAUCCAUAGCUGAACUGGGUGGAGACCCACCAGAGACCAUAAUACCAGGACUUUACACACUUUACGGUUCACAUCCCAGACCGUAAUUGGACCACACCCACCCCAGAGAGAGAGAGUGUGUGUGUGUGCGUGAGAUUGAUGUCCUACUCUGUAUCACUGACCAGCAAAUUCAUCUUCUAGUACAGUGCAGUCCUUGGGUCUGUGAUUCUGUAACUGAGUGAAUAUAAGUAUUGUACACAAAAUCCCUGUUUCUUUAUAGCCUGGCUUUUGUAUGGUCUCGAGAGGACUGGCCAGAUGUCCUUGGUUGCCAUGGCAUCAAUCAGAACCAUGUGUCAGUUAGUCUGAGGUGCUUAUUGACGGACAGACAGACGUGUUUGGGGUGAAAGGUUAAGGGUUAGGGGUCAGUGACCUUUGACCCACGGGGGGGUUCCUUUCACACUGAUGAAAUGUAAUAGGGGGCAAGAUGCUGGGAGGAGAGCUUUUGUUUGUCUUUGUUUUGUUUUUAUAACUGUUUUCAUUUAACUUAAGAAAAUCAUAAACAUUCAUGUAACAUCUAGCCCAGUGCUUUUUCCUGUUAUGUUACUAUAGUGAGUGUUUGUAGGUUUGUGCUCCUCUGCCUGCAGGUGUGUGUAGGGGUUAAGAAUUUUAUAUUGAUUUCGCAUGGAGAACAUGUGGAUAUUGCAGUAGCUGAAACUUUGCGUCUUUGAACAUCUCUUCCUGCUCUGUUGAAUCAAUACUAGGUCAGAGUUCACUGCUGCGAUCAAUCCUCAUUUAUAAAACAUCCAGCUCAAUAACACACAGUUGGAUUGAACAACUACUGUAACAUCAUGCAGGUUAACAGUAUCAGCAGGAGUAAAUAUGUUUUCAUUUACAGGCUUCUCUCAGGGCCCUGUUCAGAUGCUUUAAAAGGGAUUCCUCCCUCCAUGGUUCUGACACAAGACAGAGGGAAUAACAUGGUGAAAUCUGGCAUUCACCAGUCCACAAACUAUCUGGACUUGGGUAUCAAAUUCAAAUCACAGCCGGGAAUCUCUCCAUACCAGACAGUUCUUUCUCUCAUGUCCCCAGCUGUCCAGAAAAAUGAGCCAACUCUGAAAGGAGUUUCCUCUGGAAUGUUAGAGAUGUCCAAAUACCACAGGGCUUCUUUCUGCAUUUUAUAGUCAGUAUUUGAUUCUCUAGUGGAGUCGGAGUGCUCUGCUUGCAGGGUUGGGAGUCAGAUCCUGAUGUUUCAGAUGGGACGCUUGGAUGGGUUUUGGUGCGGCAACAGUGCUCUCCCUCUCUCUCUCCCUGUGUUAGUAUUCUGUGUGUGUUCGGCUGCAGUUUGUAUGUUCUAGCCCACUGCAGUUUCUACUGAAGACUGUGUGUGUGCAGGACAGUAAGGAGCAACCAAGCGUUGAAGAGAUGUCGAACUCUGUGGGCGGUGAAACCAACAUAGGGUGUGUGUUUAUUUGUUGUUGACUAGUGUCCUGGAGUUGUUUCUCUCCAGAAAAUGUUCUGUUGCAGUCUGCCUCUGCAAUUAAGCACGGCAGUGAAUUAUGUUCUCCAACAAACACCCUCCCCCUCUCUCUCUUCAUUUCUAUUGGUCUGUAUGACUGAGUGACAGAUUUCUGUAGGUGACGUUGCGUAUACCUGACAGUUCCAGGUCAUGCUAGGAUGCUGUUGCAUUAAUCUUCAGUCUCACACCAGUAGAGGAGAGAGAGAGAGAGAGAGGUAUAGAGAGACCCGGUAUAGAAAGAGUGAUGCUGAUCCCUGCGGGGGAUUGUGUCAAAUGUGGCCAAUUAUCCAUGCCAAUCUGCACUCCCUUCAGUUAACUCUAGUCUACUGCCCUGGUAAUAAUCGAGGGGAUUCUCUGGCCACUGUGUCCCAGUGAGGGUGUCUCUCCUCCAGCCUGCCUGGUGGCCUCUUCCCCCUGGGGAGCAGAGUGGAGGUAAUGAUGAUGGCCAUAGGUCGUGGUGUGCUGGGCAAAGCUAAUCAGAUCUGAGUAUGAGAAGGGAAAACAAGGGCAGAGUCAGAGAGAGAGACCUCACUGCAGUUCAGCAACCAAAUAACCAAUUUCCACAGACAGUUUAAAACGUGAGCUGAAGUCCCCAGCUAACUAUUGAGUGAAGUACUGUGAUGUAUGUUUGUUCUCUGGGGCAGCUAACUGCCUGUGGUCUCUGCAGUGUGUGCCUCUGUCAGAAUCACUUACCUGGAUGGAUGGGGGUAGGCAAAGUUCAGGUGAAGUGCAUUUUGUGUCACGUGGUAGUUCCCUGCCCUUUUAUAGCCACCCAAAACACACACACACACACACACACACACACACACACACACACACAGAGACAGAGAACUCUCUCCUGCCGUUGUCUGUGUGUGUCCAGGGCACACAGGGACUGUCUCCACACGCCAGUGAAGCUGAGAGAUACAGACUGACAGCGCUGGCUGUGGCUCUAUCUCCCUGGUGUGAGUCAGCGGUCCCCAGACUCCACCACAGGUGGUGAGGAGUGGGAAUAAAUAAAGUUCUCAAGUUUCCCAGGCACUGGAGUCAACUUUAGGGAGCAUCCACAAACAGUGUGGCCUCCCUAUGAAACUGGCUUCUGCUAAGAGGAGUGGACUUCCAUGGCACAGGCGAAAGUGUGCUGCCUCGCACUAUAACAAUACAGGGUCACUGGUUCAAGCCUCAUUCCUGACUACUCCCCCUCCACCGCUGCAUUAGUAAUGGGAUAUUUGAUUCCUAAUGGAGGUCUUGGCUACUUUGCAACUUCUGCUCACACACCAGUUAAUUGCAUUUGCUUUGGUAAUGAGGGAGGCUGAUUGCAUAUCAUGAAUCAUGUGCCACUCUCCUGCCCUUCUUUAACCCCGGAGGGGUUUUGAAAGAGAGCGGUUCUCCAGUUGGGCUGGUCUGUGAUUCACUGUCACCUUUCCCUGGUCAGAGGAAUAAGGCAACCUCAGAGAGAGGUUUUCCAGAGGACAUAUGAGAUGGUUCUGUACAGAGGAGAGAUGUGAAUGAAUAAACAGCAUGAGACUGAAUCAGUAAUAGCACAAGAGCAAUAGUGGACUGUAUAAGGAGAUAGUGACACCCGCAAAGGACUGUAUAAUAGCAUCAACUACUAUUAACAACUAGCAAUAGUAACAACCAACAGUAAAUGCACACGUUUCAAUAACAACGAGAGAGACUGAGGAGGCUCUGACCUGGGCAAGCAGGACUGUCUGGUAUCCUGUCCCCUAGCAACCUAUUGGUGGCCUGAUAGCAGAGGUCACUGGAAGUCUGGGUAGACAGUUUAUGAUCCCCUAGUCUCUGGCACCAUCAGGUGAUGGGUGGAGUGAGCUGCAUGAAAUUAGAUACCUCACGGGCAGGAAAAGUCAUAACAGGUUUAGUCUGGCGACUCCAUACCAAAGCUCUUCAUACCUGAGUAGUAGUAUUAUAAUCACCUCUCCUCCUAAUGAGCUAUUCAUCCUCAAGUACACCCUUGAGAUUUAAUAUCACCUCGUGCUGCGAUGGGCCUGGCGGUGGCAUAACUGCCAGGCAGGCUCGUUUAGUGGCAGUCAGCCACCGAGCUAUAAGCCUAAAGUAAUGAAAUCAAACGCUAUUGUAGAAAGAGAGGGGCCGCACUCGCCUCGAACAUGUAACCGUAUCAUUACCGAUGGAUAACAGCUAUUGUGGUCCACACGCUCCGUCGCCCACAGGAAUGUAGGCCUGCCUAGCCCUUCUGAACCGUGCGGCGGUUGGUGAGUGCGCCAUGCAUUCUGAAGGCAAUUAACGCACAGAACGGCACCUUGAACACUCGCAAAUGCAUCAUUCCAAUGAAAAAAAAAAACUAAUAAGCAAAUGAACGAGGCAAAACCAUUUCAUUAUUUUUAGUCGGAGAGGCCAGAUGUUUUCUCCUGGUCCCAUAAUUGUGAGGUGAAUAUAUAUAUAGAUAUAUAGAUAUAUCAAUAUAUAUAUGGAUAUAUAUAUGGUGUGUAGCAAUGCUCCCUCAAAUGUUUUCCGGCACUAAGCAAAUUUCAGGUCUGCUGAGUGCAAACUUCAACAUUGUGAAAAUUCUGUGCGACUUCCAGUGCGUGUUUCAGUCUACAGUAGCAGCCAAUGUGCGGUGUUCAAUGUCGCCUACAUUCCAUGAGACUUUUAAAAAAAACAUGCAGAGC